CCAACUUCCCGACCAUCCACGGCAUCCUCAACCACAAACCCGUUUUAAUCCUCGAGCUCCUCUCGAUCGUCCUCGUCAUAUUCAUCGUACAAGAAAGCGCCCCGUAUGGACCCUUUUGCCCCCGUCCCAGCCCCCAGUGCUGCGGCGGUGAAACCGACCAAGGACGUGUGCACCAAGCUCAACGCUGUGGCUCCCGCCCUCGUCCAGGAUUUUGAUACCAAGUACGCCUCCUGGAAGAAGACAUGGUUCAACAAUGGCAACAAGGAUUCAGCAAACGCGGCCACCCGAGCCUCCGGGACUGAGUUUGAAGCCCUUGUUGCGCUUGGGCAAAAGACCCUACCACUUGUCGUGAACCAGUUAGCCAGCGGAGAGGACUUUAUAGCUGUUGUCUUGUACAACAAGCUAGAGACGGAUAUGAUUUACAAGUUGGACCCUCAGGACCUCCUAAACUCUAAGAAAGCCGCUGUAGACAUUAUCGACAUGAACUUUGAUCGCAACAUAGAGGUCAAGAAGGCUCGGGACCGCUGGGCUGAAUUCAGGGUCGAGCGCCAGAACUACAGCAGCUCCGGCCACUUUUGCGAGGGCGAGGGGUACUGGGCCAUGACCACCUUGGGCUCGAGCAUUAUUGCCCAGGUGAUGCUUGAGUACUACGAUGACAAGAAUGGCUGGUGGCACGAACUACUACAUGAGCUCGUCCACGGCCGGAGAUCGGGGGCCUCGGUCUUCUUCAAGCCCGUCCUGUUUGAGGAGUGGAAGGAUUGGUUUGAGCACAAGGAGCACAAGGAGGCGCCUGAGGGGGAGGACCAGCGCGCUCGGAGGGGUCAUGGCCCUGGAAGGGAGUGAUUGGGAGUGGGACUCACUGGACGAGAACUCCCGAAGGAACUGCGCUUUUUUUUGACGGCUUAACAGCUUAUACAGUAAGGCUUCUACUUACUUCUUACCCUAGGGUAUCCUUCGUUACUCGGUUCAGGGGUAUGAUGUUCAAACCGGCAAAUGAAGGUCAUAGUGACACUCUCCCGUGCCCAACAGCGCCCGGUAUGGCUAGCUGCCUCGUCCUCAACCGAUGCGGCCGUCUUGGAUAUCUUCACUUGAGCUGCGAUCAGGCGCUCUAGCGUUUCAUUCUGGGAACCCUGGGCAGCUACGUGCUUCUUGAACAAUGCCAACAUCCUGUCCUCGAAUUGUGUCACCUCGUGCUUGGUUCUUUGAGUUAAACCUCCCCAAGUACUCGACCCCUUGUGACCUCCGGGCGAGCCUCAAAGUAGAUGCUGACACAAAUGAGUCCGAUUGUGAUCGACAAGGGCGUCAAUAGACCCGCUUGAUAUAGGUCAGAUGGUGGCGUCCCAGCGAAGAGGAAGAAGAACUUGAGCGGGACGAGAAUCGACCAAGGAAGCUUUCUGUCUACUGUUAGCAGCAGGUUCGAAUUCGCCGCGUGGAAAUCAAGACCUACUGGCGCAAAGACCUUCCAUAAAUUACCAACAGAGGAAUACCUAGGAUUGACCAUAGUACUAGGCCGCUUGAAAGAGGC